AUGACCUCUUCUACCUCCAUCGUUCAGCCUCUUCUACCUCCAUCGUUCAGCCUCUUCUACCUCCAUCGUUCAGCCUCUUCUACCUCCAUCGUUCAGCCUCUUCUACCUCCAUCGUUCAGCCUCUUCUACCUCCAUCGUUCAGCCUCUUCUACCUCCAUCGUUCAGCCUCUUCUACCUCCAUCGUUCAGCCUCUUCUACCUCCAUCGUUCAGCCUCUUCUACCUCCAUCUCUGACGGUGACCUCUCAGUUCAGGUCCGAGAGUUCAGGUCCGAGAGUUCAGGUCCGAGAGUUCAGGUCCGAGAGUUCAGGUCCCCGAGUUCAGGUCCGAGAGUUCAGGUCCGAGAGUUCAGGUCCGAGAGUUCAGGUCAGAGAGUUCAGGUCCCCGAGUUCAGGUCCGAGAGUUCAGGUCCGAGAGUUCAGGUCCGAGAGUUCAGGUCCGAGAGUUCAGGUCCGAGAGUUCAGGUCCCCGAGUUCAGGUCCGAGAGUUCAGGUCCCCGAGUUCAGGUCCCCGAGUUCAGGUCCCCGAGUUCAGGUCCCCGAGUUCAGGUCCGAGAGUUCAGGUCCGAGAGUUCAGGUCAGAGAGUUCAGGUCCCCGAGUUCAGGUCCCCGAGUUCAGGUCCGAGAGUUCAGGUCCGAGAGUUCAGGUCCGAGAGUUCAGGUCCCCGAGUUCAGGUCCCCGAGUUCAGGUCCGAGAGUUCAGGUCCGAGAGUUCAGGUCCGAGAGUUCAGGUCCGAGAGUUCAGGUCAGAGAGUUCAGGUCCGAGAGUUCAGGUCCGAGAGUUCAGGUCCGAGAGUUCAGGUCCGAGAGUUCAGGUCCGAGAGUUCAGGUCCGAGAGUUCAGGUCCGAGAGUUCAGGUCCGAGAGUUCAGGUCCGAGAGUUCAGGUCCGAGAGUUCAGGUCCGAGAGUUCAGGUCCCCGAGUUCAGGUCCCCGAGUUCAGGUCCCCGAGUUCAGGUCCGAGAGUUCAGGUCCGAGAGUUCAGGUCCCCGAGUUCAGGUCAGAGAGUUCAGGUCCGAGAGUUCAGGUCCGAGAGUUCAGGUCCGAGAGUUCAGGUCCGAGAGUUCAGGUCCGAGAGUUCAGGUCAGAGAGUUCAGGUCAGAGAGUUCAGGUCAGAGAGUUCAGGUCAGAGAGUUCAGGUCCCCGAGUUCAGGUCCCCGAGUUCAGGUCCCCGAGUUCAGGUCCGAGAGUUCAGGUCCGAGAGUUCAGGUCCGAGAGUUCAGGUCCGAGAGUUCAGGUCCGAGAGUUCAGGUCCCCGAGUUCAGGUCCGAGAGUUCAGGUCCGAGAGUUCAGGUCCGAGAGUUCAGGUCCGAGAGUUCAGGUCCGAGAGUUCAGGUCCCCGAGUUCAGGUCCCCGAGUUCAGGUCCCCGAGUUCAGGUCCCCGAGUUCAGGUCCGAGAGUUCAGGUCCGAGAGUUCAGGUCCCCGAGUUCAGGUCCCCGAGUUCAGGUCCCCGAGUUCAGGUCCCCGAGUUCAGGUCCCCGAUUUCAGGUCCCCGAGUUCAGGUCCGAGAGUUCAGGUCCCCGAUUUCAGGUCCCCGAGUUCAGGUCCGAGAGUUCAGGUCCGAGAGUUCAGGUCCGAGAGUUCAGGUCAGAGAGUUCAGGUCAGAGAGUUCAGGUCCGAGAGUUCAGGUCCGAGAGUUCAGGUCCGAGAGUUCAGGUCCGAGAGUUCAGGUCCGAGAGUUCAGGUCCGAGAGUUCAGGUCCGAGAGUUCAGGUCCGAGAGUUCAGGUCCGAGAGUUCAGGUCCCCGAGUUCAGGUCCCCGAGUUCAGGUCCCCGAGUUCAGGUCCCCGAGUUCAGGUCCGAGAGUUCAGGUCCGAGAGUUCAGGUCCGAGAGUUCAGGUCCGAGAGUUCAGGUCCGAGAGUUCAGGUCCGAGAGUUCAGGUCAGAGAGUUCAGGUCAGAGAGUUCAGGUCCCCGAGUUCAGGUCCCCGAGUUCAGGUCCGAGAGUUCAGGUCCGAGAGUUCAGGUCCCCGAGUUCAGGUCCCCGAGUUCAGGUCCGCGAGUUCAGGUCCCCGAGUUCAGGUCCGAGAGUUCAGGUCCCCGAGUUCAGGUCCGAGAGUUCAGGUCCGAGAGUUCAGGUCCGAGAGUUCAAGUCCCCGAGUUCAGGUCCCCGAGUUCAGGUCCGAGAGUUCAGGUCCCCGAGUUCAGGUCCCCGAGUUCAGGUCCCCGAGUUCAGGUCCCCGAGUUCAGGUCCCCGAGUUCAGGUCCCCGAGUUCAGGUCCGAGAGUUCAGGUCCGAGAGUUCAGGUCCCCGAGUUCAGGUCCCCGAGUUCAGGUCCCCGAGUUCAGGUCCCCGAGUUCAGGUCCGAGAGUUCAGGUCCCCGAGUUCAGGUCCGAGAGUUCAGGUCCGAGAGUUCAGGUCCGAGAGUUCAGGUCCGAGAGUUCAGGUCCGAGAGUUCGGGUCCCCGAGUUCAGGUCCCCGAGUUCAGGUCCCCGAGUUCAGGUCCCCGAGUUCAGGUCCGAGAGUUCAGGUCCGAGAGUUCGGGUCCGAGAGUUCGGGUCCGAGAGUUCGGGUCCGAGAGUUCGGGUCCGAGAGUUCGGAUUCCAGUCCCGUUCCAUCCCCGACCCAGUCCGUUCAGCCUGGGACCGCGAGGCUCUCUAUGUCCGAGAGUUCAGGUCCCCGAGUUCAGGUCCGAGAGUUCAGGUCCGAGAGUUCAGGUCCGAGAGUUCAGGUCCGAGAGUUCAGGUCCCCGAGUUCAGGUCCCCGAGUUCAGGUCCCCGAGUUCAGGUCCGAGAGUUCAGGUCCGAGAGUUCAGGUCCGAGAGUUCAGGUCCGAGAGUUCAGGUCCGAGAGUUCAGGUCAGAGAGUUCAGGUCAGAGAGUUCAGGUCAGAGAGUUCAGGUCCCCGAGUUCAGGUCCGAGAGUUCAGGUCCGAGAGUUCAGGUCCCCGAGUUCAGGUCCCCGAGUUCAGGUCCCCGAGUUCAGGUCCCCGAGUUCAGGUCCCCGAGUUCAGGUCCCCGAGUUCAGGUCCCCGAGUUCAGGUCCGAGAGUUCAGGUCCGAGAGUUCAGGUCCGAGAGUUCAGGUCCGAGAGUUCAGGUCCGAGAGUUCGGGUCCCCGAGUUCAGGUCCCCGAGUUCAGGUCCCCGAGUUCAGGUCCCCGAGUUCAGGUCCGAGAGUUCAGGUCCGAGAGUUCGGGUCCGAGAGUUCGGGUCCGAGAGUUCGGGUCCGAGAGUUCGGGUCCGAGAGUUCGGAUUCCAGUCCCGUUCCAUCCCCGACCCAGUCCGUUCAGCCUGGGACCGCGAGGCUCUCUAUGGGCCGACCCAGGGGCCAUCAUGAACCCAGGGGCCCUGAUGAACGCAGGGCCGGAUCCAGGGGCCACUCAGACCGCUGCAGGGGCCCCCACAUCAUCAGUCUCACAGUAUUUGAAUCCUCACAGUAGUCUCCACAGUCAAAGUGUUGGAGCGACCUGA